AUGACGUCUGAAGAUGCCCGAGCCAUCGCCUGCACCUCCAGCGCUCUCGAGUUUCCCCUUUUCUGCGACUUGGGCCUCCGAUACGCCCUGCUCAAGUCAUAUACAAUCGACAAUGUGGGAAAGCUCUUGCAUGCUGCUAGCGAUCUGGUAGACCCUCAGCAGGCCGCGAAAAGAUACGAGGACACUGAAGUCAUCUAUACCUUCUUGGGAGGGCACUUCCCGCUGAGCUCUCCAUCGCUUCACAAGGCCGUGGCUCGGAUGAACUAUCUGCAUGCUCCGUAUAUCAAGAGCGGCAAAAUCCUCAACGCGGACCUCUUAUACGUUCUUUACCUCUCCAUGGCUGAGCCCGUCCGAUUCGUGAACCUGUACGAGUGGAGAUGCCUCACGGAUAUGGAAGUUGCAUCUCACGCAGCGCUCUGGAAAACCGUUGGCAGCAUGAUGGGGAUUAAUUUUUCAAAGGAACUCGGGAAGAGCGAGUGGAAAGAUGGCUUGGAGUUCAUGGACGACAUGACACGAUGGGGGGUUCGGUACGAGGACCUCCACAUGCACCCACUGCCCGAGAUUCAACGGCUCGGCGCGAUCCUCGUCGACAUGCUUCUGUCUGCGUACCCCGCAAUGAUGCGGCCGCUCGUAUAUCAAAUGCUGCAUGUCAUUUUGGGGGAUACGAUGCGUCACGUUCUGGGACUUCCGGAACCCGGGAUAGCGGUCUCAGCCUUCACUUACACGCUCUUACUCUGCCGGAGGUUGUUCCUCCGGUAUCUGACCCUGCCACGAAUCUCCCCCGUAUGGAUCGUCAGCGGCCCUGAUCCCACGACGGGAAAAUUGCACCACAAUCGCUAUUUGAAGGAGCCAUGGUAUGUCCCCGCCACCGCGUGGACUCGCUGGGAUCUCCAAGCGUGGAUGACGAGGGCCUGUGGUGGGAUGCUUCCCGGCGACGGCGGCCCAAGGAUGAAGCCCGACGGCUUUCUCUUUGACGACAUUGGGCCACUGAACAGGAUAGGUAGGGGGGCCGCAGAGAUGGCGCGCAUAGAGGAAGUUGUGAGAGGCGAGGCAGCAAGGAAAUACCCUUUUGCUGCCUGUAAGAAGCUCUGA